GAACACCAAUGAUACAUGAUGAAGGUGACACUAGUGUCUUAUAUUAUUAUGUCUUAUUUGUGAGUGUUGGAGAGUCACACAGCUCAUGUCAGACAACCUGAUAGUGAAAUGAGGUUGUAAUGUAGUUUUGGCACCUGGAGUGAGGAUGGAGCAGUUGCUACUGAGUGAUGCAUUAGAGUGUUCAGUGUGCUUAGAGCAGCUUGGUUGCACGUCUCGGGUCCUCCCCUGUCAACAUACAUUUUGUCGUCGUUGUCUCAAUGACAUUGUACAGACUCAUAAGGAGCUGAGAUGCCCAGAAUGCCGCGUAUUGGUAGAGGUGCCUGUGGACGAAUUGCCUCCAAAUAUUUUAUUAAUGAGAAUAUUGGAAAGCAUGAAAAGUGCUCCACGAUGUGCAUUAAACCAACCUCUGAAGCCAUCUCAGACAGUGCCUCAUCCUAGUCAGCCUCCUGGCAGGCCUGAAUCGCAAGAUGGUGCUCCCCUUAAUGAAGCUCCUCCACCACCCUCGCUUCAUGGCUUCUCGUCCACCUCAUACACAGGAUCAUCCUCCACUUCUGAAGUUCCACCUUCCUCUGGAGGGCAUUUAGCUGGGAUUGCUGGUGGAGGGACUAGAAGUACAGGAGGUUCCUCUGAAGGAAAUGGUGUAAACUGCAACAGUUUGGGAAGAGGAGGAGGAUAUGGAAGAUCACUUGGACGUGAAGGAAGCACUACUGAAAUUGGUACAAGUUCAUCAAUGUCUGGUGUCUCAUCCCUUGGCAUCAUUAACAUGAAUAUCACCACCUCAUCUGCUUCUCCUGCUUCACAGACUGUGUUACUGCCGAUUGUGGCACAGCAAAGACAGGGAUCAACUCUCCAGCCUUGUGCAAAAGCCCUUUAUAAUUAUGAAAGAAAAGAAGCAAGGGACCUUAGUUUCAAGAAAGGGGAUGUAAUAAUACUGCGCAAGAAGAUAGACUCCAACUGGUACCAGGGAGAACUUAAUAACCAGACAGGCUUCUUCCCGGCCUCUUAUGUUCAGGUUAUUAACCCAUUGCCAAGCCACAUCCCUCAGUGUAAAGCUCUCUAUGACUUUAAGAUGACAAAUGAUGAAGAGCGAGAUUGCCUGACAUUUAGUAAGGGUGAAAUCAUCACUGUGUUGCGGCGGGUUGAUGAGAAUUGGGCUGAAGGUAAGCUCAGCUCUCGAAUCGGAAUUUUUCCCCUCUCCUUUGUUGAUCUUAACAGCGCUGCUAAAGCACUUAUGAAGCUCUCCCUCAAUGCACAAGAGGGCCCCUCGCGUGUUGCCCCUCCAACCCCCACUAGUUUAGAGGGAGAGUCCCCCACACCCCUCAUUCUGAGUGAGAGCAGUGGGAGUGGUCUUCCCUCUGCUCAAGCUCAUCCUCUCUUGCAAAAUGAGUCAUCAUCCUCAUCAUCAUCAGUGGUGACUACCCCUGACCCCUCUCUCCCUUCCCCAACCUCCACAUCUGCAUCCCCACCUAACAUUAGCCCAUCCCCCUCCUCCCCUAUAGUACCACCUCCUGCUGUAGCCCCUCUCCUGCGGGGGCCAAACACACGCCACCAGCGGGAGAAGAGGCACAGCUUCACUGCUGUGCGCACCCACAACCCCAGCCCCCCGCGAUCUCCUGCCUCCCCACAAAGACAUUCCUUAGAAAUUUUAAGUCCUACCGAGGAUCCUUCCAACCCUGGUUGUAAUGUGGGUUCAUCUGGGUAUAGUGGUGGUAGUGGUAUUGGUGGCAGUGGGAGCAUGCCAGGAACUACAGUAGACCUGCCUCAGGAAACCCCUGUUACUGGAGAGCAAACAGUGUUGACGGAACUUCAAGGUUCACCAAGAAUACAGCCAUCUACCAUCUCGUUAAGCUCUCUAGGGUUAUCAUCGUCUACACAACAAGUGACAGCAACCACAUUUUAUGUGGCCUUAUACUCUUACCGAGGACGGAAAGCUGAUGAGCUAGAAUUAAGAAAGGGCUACAUAUACACUGUGACAGAAAAAUGUCAAGAUGGAUGGUUCAAAGGGCGUUGUAUUACAACUGACAGAACUGGUGUCUUCCCUGGGAACUACGUUCAAGUUGCCAAACCUCAGAUGAUUGCUGCAUAUUUGGCAAAGCGAAAUGCAAGAGGAACAUCAACCCUGAGUCGAGAUAACGGCAGUGGUGGAGCAUCCCAUGGAGGUAACAGCAAUGGGGAAAACUUGUAUAAUACAUCGGCUGUUGUGAACUACACGCGGCCCAGACCAAGCCUUAAUAGUGGAUCAAAUGGGAGAAAUUUUGAUGGGUGUUGUGGUGAGAAUACAAGUCUCCUGGACACACCAGUCCAUUCUAUGGUUCCCACUCUCUCCCCAACUCACUCAUCGCCUCAUGCCGGCUCCCUCUUCUCUGGGGUGGCUGGUGGACUAGGAGGUAGCAGUCCUCCCUCAUCACUGCCACCUGAAUUACCUCCCAGAUCUGUUAGCUCUUCCAUUGAAGGUUCAGCACACCGCUCAGUUGGACACACUUCAGCAUCAUGGCAUGCCUCAUCAUCCACUCCACAGGGAUUUUCCACUAAUCAUAGGUGAGCAGUAUUUUUCCAUGUACAGUACAUAUUAUUUCAAUAAAAACAGUUCCUUUUUAAAUUUAGACUUAAGAACCUAGCAUUAAAACAGGAGCAAUGCUCUGUUCACACCCACUCAUUCUCCUGUAUUUAUCUAACCUUUUUAAAGCUACCUGAAGUACUCAUCUCAGCCAGGUGAUAGUGAUGUGUAAACAUCACAUUACUUAAUGAAGACAAAUGGCACAUGACUGGCAGAUGGAAUGAUAAACAUUUUGUAGAGAGGAACUUCAU